UGCCCCGAUCCCGCCCCGAUCCCGCCCUGAUCCCGAGCACACCCGGGCCAUGUGGAAUGUGUUUGUACACAGAUGAGUAAUAACAGUCGCCCGGAGCCAGCGCCAGGGAUAAGGCAGCAUCCGACCCAGCCCCGCUCCCGGCGGCGGGGCCCCCCGAGGUGGAGGCACAGGAGGGAGAGGUGGCACCACCAUCAGCAGGCCACCCAUCCUGAGCCCAGAGAGCAUCACUUCAGCCAUCUCCAUCCCAUCGCCUCCCCGGUGGGGUGUGAGAUGGGUUCAGGCAGGAUGUGAGGCACCUCCAGGGCUCUCCACAGGGAAGCUGAGCCGAAAGCAGCCCUUGGAGCUGGAUCCUCAACCCACACGAUGCUGAGCAUCAAGUUACCCCGGCUGCUCAGCAUCAACCAAGUGCCUAAGGGGUACCAGGAGCAGGGCAUCCUCUUUGGGUAUCGCCCGCCCCGGAGCUCGGCAGCUGACUGCCUCCUCAGCGUCUUCCAGAUGACGAAUGAGACGCUCAACAUCUGGACACACUUUGUGCCUGCCUGGUACUUUGUGUGGACCCUGGUGGGGCGGCUGCAGGGCCCAGGGGGCCGGGAGGACCCCAAUGCCUGGCCCCUCCUCGCCUACCUCCUGACCUGCUGCAUCUACCCCUUGGCCUCCAGCUGUGCCCACACCUUCAGCACCAUGUCCACCCGCACCCGGCACAUCUGCUACUUCUUUGACUACGCUGCUCUCAGCAUGUACAGCCUGGGAUCCGCCCUGGCGUACUCGGCGUACAUCUUCCCGGCGGGAUGGGUCGACAGCACCUUCCACCGCUGCUACGUGCCCACCGCCGUGUUCAACACUGUCGUCAGCACCAGCCUCUCCUGCUACUCCAGGUUUCUGGAGGUGGAACGGCCCAUGUUCAGCAAGGCUUCCCGCAUCCUGGCCUUCGCGUACCCGUACCUCUUCGACAGCAUCCCCCUCUUCUACAGGUUCUACCUGUGCAUGGCAGAGAGCUGCACGGAGGCUGCCAUCCCAGUCCAUUAUAAGCACACUGCUUUUGCCUUCCUCACUUGCUUCAUCUUCGCCAGCCAUCUGCCAGAGCGACUCGCACCAGGACACUUUGAUUAUAUCGGGCACAGCCACCAAGUUUUCCACGUCUGUGGGAUCAUCGGCACGCACUUCCAGAUGGAAGCCAUCAUGAUGGACAUGGCCGAGCGGCACGACCGCCUCCUGCCCUCCUCGCUGCUUCCCUCCUCCCUGCAGACCCUCGCCUCGAUGGGCAUCUGCAUGGCCAUGAACCUGGCUGUCAUCGGGCUCUGCUCCAUGUCCCUGCGCUUCAUGCCAGAGCCUCUGCAGAGAGAAAAGCCACACAAGCAUUAGGCUUCGGGUCUAGAUGGUGUUUAUGCUGCUCUACGGGACAGACCCCAAACAAGACGUGGAUGGGUGAGGAGUUUCUUCACCUAAACUCUCUGAGAAAAGGUUUAUUGAACAUUUUCUCAAGAGCAAACCACAAUUGCACUGGUUUUGUACAUAUAGCUUCCAAGCUGGGGACAGAUGAUGAAAUGCUCUUAAUCAAGUUGCUGUUUUACCACAAGAUGUAUUUAAAAUACUCAUAACUUCUUCUAUCAAAGGGAAAUAAGUGCUAAUACUUCCCAAAGCAAUAGGCAUUCCCCAGGUCUGCCUUACGGAGCAAUCAGGGAGGCAAGGGAACGUGAGCAACGCAGCUGGUCACACAGAUGUCCUUGUCGUUGGGUUAAACCAACAGCCAAGCCUCUUUAGUGAAGGCAUGACCAGUGGCUUUCCCUGGGGCUCCUUAACUAAGGUUUUCACCUUGAAAGUGGCAUUAUAUUGAGUUUAAAACCUCAAAUACCUGUGUUACACAGCCUUACACUAAACCCAAGUGCCUGACACAUGUGGAAUUGAGACCAGAGUUUGGUUAUGUUUUAAAUUCAGCUAUUUUUAAUCAUGACCCAAAAAGAGUUAUUCCAGGAGAACUCGCCAUAGGAAUUCCAUUCUCCUCUAGAAUGGCUUUAUUUUGGGUCCAAUUCUGGUGCUUAGGUAAAUCCUGGGAAAUGAAUGUCCAUGGGGGAGCUGAGCUCCUGCCUGCAGUUGCUCGGUGGUUGAUGGAGCCCCAAGCAGAGCAUGGGGGGCGCUGUCCUUCCCUCCUGGCACAGACACCUCCGUCCUGGUCAUGGCUGGGCUCCUUCUCUAACCUCAUUUGUGGUAUCAGACGUGAGCUG